CUCCAACAAACAACCACCACCUCAAGCUUCUUCCCCACCUUUCCCUUCCUGCCCCGACCCGGAGCCAUUUCUUUCGCCACAGAUAUUCCCAAAGCAUCUCCUUUCUUUCCCUGUUGCUCUCCUCCUCGGAUUCCUCUUCCCCUGCCCCCUCCCCCUCCUACUCUGCUCCUACCCGCCCGUAUUAUUCUUCCCCUCUCUCUCUGCUUUUCCCUCGUGCCCGAUCUUCCCACCAGCACUCCAGCAGAGCGCCAGUUCUGCCAAGAAAACGCCUGUCCGGGGCCGGCAUGCGCGUGGACGACGCCGAGAGGCCCGAUUCUGCAGACGCCGGAGCGCAGAAGCCCGCCGAGCUCACCUCGCCUCAUGUGGAUGGAGAGCGUUUGUGAGAACACCACAACUGCUGAUUUCAAGCAGAGUAACUUUGGAAAUUUCCUUCCAAAUGUUAGAUCAGGCGGUUGGUCAGAUAUUGGAAGUCGCCAGUACAUGGAAGAUACCCAUGUGUGUAUUGCCGAUCUAGCUAAAAACUUUGGUUAUCCAACAGUGGAUAAAGAAGUUGUUUCCUUUUAUGGGGUCUUUGAUGGGCAUGGUGGAAAAGAUGCUGCCCAUUUCGUUCGCGAUAAUCUGCCAAGGGUCAUUGUGGAAGAUGCUGAUUUUCCUCUGGAGCUUGAGAAAGUAGUGAGCAGAUCCUUUGUGCAGAUUGAUAGUCAGUUUGCGGAUAAAUGCUCUCACCAGCGAACUCUGUCGUCCGGCACAACGGCACUUACGGCAAUGAUUUUUGGAAGGUCCCUUCUGGUCGCGAAUGCGGGUGAUUGCAGAGCAGUACUUUCGCGGUGUGGCAUCGCAAUGGAGAUGUCGAUGGAUCACAGGCCCUGCAGCCUGAGCGAAAAGCUGCGGGUAGAGUCACUCGGUGGCUACGUGGACGACGGCUACCUGAACGGUCUGCUGGGAGUCACCAGAGCCCUCGGCGACUGGCACCUCGAGGGAAUGAAGGAGGCCAGCAGGCCCGGGGGAGGCCCCCUGAGCGCGGAGCCGGAGAUCAAGCUGACCACGCUGACCAAGGACGACGAGUUCCUGGUGAUCGGCAGCGACGGGCUGUGGGACGUCUUCUCGAACCAGAACGCCGUGGACUUCGCCCGGCGGCGCCUCCAGGAGCACAACGACGUGAGGCGCUGCUGCAGGGAGAUUGUCGAGGAGGCGAUAAGGCGCGGAGCCACAGACAAUUUAACAGCAGUGCUGGUCUCAUUCCACCUGGUGGCGCCGCCUCAGAUCAGAGUGAAUCAGCCACGCAGGGUGGCGCGGAGCAUUUCGGCCGACGGGCUCAACAGCCUCAGGAUACUCCUGGGAAGCCAAUGACGGCGUUCUUCUCGCGCCGCGGUCGGGCGCCGUGCCGGUGCUUGCUGAGCUCUAAUUGUAUGUAGUCGUGUCGGUGCCUCACUGUUGUUAUGUUACCCCAUUGUUGUUGAGUGGCUGUUAUUCUUGUUGGUAAUUAAGCCAACGAACAUGUGGGCUCACAGUUGUGAGCAUUUCUUAGCUGCUGGAGACUAGGCAUGUCCUGGAGAAGAGGCUGUGUGCCUUGCCUGUAUCAUACAUUUCCGUGUUUUCAUCUGUAAAUAAGAUUGUGGGGGCAACUGAAAUUCGGUCAUGCAA